AUGAUUGAACCUUCAAAACUUGAUGAUCUGAUUUUAAACGGUGACGAUGUGAAGAAUUUAAUGGUUGAUUUUCGUUUAACUAUUAAUUCUACUAAAUCAUUCGAUUUUGAUAAUCCGAGUAGCCUUGAUGACGAUGGUUACAAAACAAUUACCGGUCUAAAUAAUUUUCAUGAUGUGCUUGAUCAUUUAACGACUAUGCGCAAUUCUAAUGUGCGUUCUGUUAGAGUUGCUCUUGCUGUAUUCCUUGCUAAGAUGCGACUUGGACUUAGCAAUCGUGUCUUAGCUUGUCUUUUUCAUCUCAAAAGCAAGCGAACAGUGUCUCGCAUAUUCCAUCAAGUGCGAGAAGCAUUGAUGAAAAGUUUUGUGCCAUUAAAUCUCGGCUUCGAACAUAUCACACGUGAUGCAGUUCUCAAUUCUCAUCAAACAGUCAUUGCGACUGAGCUUCUUACAAAUGAACCUGAUCAAAUUGUUUUAAUAGCUGAUGGAACAUAUCUUUAUUGUCAAAAGUCGUCAAACAACGAAUUCCAGAGACGCACCUACAGUAAUCAUAAACAUCGUCAUCUAAUCAAACCAAUGGUAAUCACUGCGAGUUCACGCCAUUCAAAUCAUAAAAAACAUACAGCUACGGUGCAAUUUAACGAGAAAAAGGAACAACCUAUAACUGCAUGGUACUGUACAUGCUCCGCGGGUAGUCGCGAAGUAGGUAUGUGCUCUCAUAUAACAGCAUUACUGUGGCAUCUAGGAGUUGAAAGAGCAAUGAUACCUACAUCGAUUCAUCCACUUUCAGCUUCAAAAUUACUUACUGCUACCGAUGAUAGCAUGAAGUUUUCCGAUGAUGAAUAUAACUCCGACAAUGAUGUAAAUGAUUUUCGUGGCUCCACUGAAACAGUCAACAACAGCGCCGAUACAGAAUUAGAUUGUUUUGGUUUUGGAGGUUUUGGUUUUGGUAUAAGCUUUUGUUUUGAAGGUUUUGGUUAUAAUCAUAUUAGUCUUCGAUUUAGUUUUGGCUUUGGUAUAUAACUUGUUUUGAACUAUCUCAAAGCUAAAACCAAAAUCAUCAAAACCAAAACCAUACAAAAACCAAAACUUCAAAACCAAGACUUUUGGUUUUGGUGCAUGCCUACAUAGCAAAUAAUUCCUUGUAUAGAAUGGCUAUAUACUCAGUGUGCUGGGCCCGUUUUUCGCCAACUCGUCAAACAAUGAUGCUGCAAUUUUAAAGCAUUGUGUGUUCAAUAAUGUACAACAGGUUUUGACUUAGUUGCGUGACAAUGAUAUCUUAGUAUUAGAUUGUGGGGUAAAUUCUUGAACAAAAAUAGUUCAGAUAUUUCAUAUUGUUUUCUUAGUUUCGCGAUGUUGUCAAUACACUAAUUCGUCUUCGCCUCCAAGUCGCCAUAUCAGGUUUUUACACAAUCAAAAGCAGUUUUCACCAGAUGAAGCGAACAGAAAUCGUUUUGUUACAAAAACCAGAUGGGUAAUUGAAAGCGGUAGGUUCCAGUUUCCGAUGAUGACUAUGAGCGAAACUGCUCGAAUAAUUAAUGAAAAGUUUUUUUUUUUGCGAUUUUUUAAUAUUCUAGUCAAUGGAAAAAUCAAAAACCGGAAGUUUUUCGCACAGACGCUUUAAAAUACAUCGCUCUCAUUUGUUGGAAACUGCUUAGAUAUUGUGUGCCCUCUUAUUAAUAAAUAUUAUAGUUCAGCCAUUGCAAAUAUCGAAGGUGGCCAAGGGAUUGCCACACAAAUGCGUGAGAUGUGGAGGGACGAAAAUGCAUUGGAAAAAGCAUCUUCAAGAACUAAAUAAGAAAAAACCAUUGUGCUAGUCUAAAUACGAUGCUGCCAUGUAUCUGUUCCCGUCACUCACGGAGGAUGAUGUGCGCAAUCUCACUUUUGGUACAUAUGAAUUUAUGUCUUCCAUUUGAAGAUUUUGUUGUUCUAGGAUCAUACCAACUCAAAAUGGCAAAAUCUUAUAUAGUCGAUCAUCUUCAACAGUCCGAUAUUAAUAACGAACAGCUUUAAUUUAUUGUGGAACUGUGUGAAGAGCAUGAUGAUUUGGUACGAGCAAAAUUUCAAUCACGUCAUUCAAAUCACAAAAAACAUAUAGCUACGGUGAAAUUUAACGAGAAAAAGGAACAACCUAUAACUUUAUGGCACUGUACAUGCUCCGCGGGUGGUCGCGAAGUAGGUAUGUGCUCUAAUAUAACAGCAUUGCUGUGACAUCCAGGAGCUGAAAGAGCAAUGAUAGCUACAUCGAUUCAUCCACUUUCAGCUUCAAAAUUACUUACAGCUAUCGAUGAUAGCAUGAAGUUUUCCGAUGAUGAAUAUAACUCCGACAAUGAUGUAAAUGAUUUUCCUGGCUUCAUUGGAACAGUCAACAGCAGCGCCGAUACAGAAUUGGAUUUGUAAUAAGAAUGUACAUUAUCGUUUUGACUGCUUUCAUACUAAUAUUGUCAUUACUAGUGAGAACCCGUGCAUACUGCACGGCUGCUUUUUUUCCCGUGAAGUUACACUUCUGUCCUUUAGCUUUGAUUGGGUAAUAGACAAAAACCCAGUUCGCAUUAUCUGUAUAUAUAGAUCGUAUAGCCUGAUACCCUUGUAGAGUCAUACUCUUGUUGUAGUACUCCUUAUAGCCUAAUUCCGUUAUUUUCUUAUCCCUUAUAUCCUUUCCAGCCU